AUGGGAGAUGACCGAAACCAGGAGGCCUUAGUUAUUAAUGACCCUGACUUCCAGCACGAGGAUUUGAACUUCCUGUCCCGUAGCCAACGUUAUGAGCAAGCCAUCAGGAAGAGCUCUCUGAUGGUGAUGAAGUUAAGAGAACAUGGAAUUGCUGAUCCAGACGAGAUCUACUGGUUUAAAAGCUUUAUUCAUCGUGGACGUCCUGAGCCUCUGGACCUUCAUCUGGGCAUGUUCCUCCCCACUCUUCUCACCCAGGCAACCCCAGAGCAGCAGGAUCGCUUCUUCAUGCCUGCCUGGAACCUGGAGAUCAUUGGCACUUAUGCCCAGACUGAAAUGGGACAUGGAACUCAUCUUCGGGGUCUAGAAACUACAGCUACGUAUGACCCUGCUACCCAGGAAUUCAUCCUCAACAGCCCCACUGUGACCUCCAUUAAGUGGUGGCCAGGUGGACUUGGAAAGACAUCGAACCAUGCCAUUGUUCUGGCUCAGCUCUACACUCAGGGCCAGUGCAAAGGGCUCCAUGCCUUCAUUGUUCCCAUACGGCAGCUGGGCACCCAUGAACCCUUGCCAGGUAUUACAGUGGGUGACAUUGGGCCAAAAUUCGGUUAUGAUGAAAUGGAUAAUGGCUACUUGAAAAUGGACAACUUCAGAAUUCCUCGGGAGAACAUGCUGAUGAAAUAUGCCCAGGUUGAACCAGAUGGCACCUAUGUGAAACCACUGAGUGACAAGCUGACCUAUGGGACCAUGGUGUUCAUCCGAUCUCUCAUUGUGGGCGAUUCAGCUCGUUCCCUGUCCCGGGCGUGUACCAUUGCCAUCCGCUACAGUGCAGUGAGACACCAGUCUGAGCUAAAGCCAGGAGAACCGGAACCCCAGAUCUUGGAUUAUCAGACCCAACAAUACAAACUCUUUCCUCUCCUGGCGACAGCAUAUGCUUUUCAUUUUGUGGGAGCCUACAUUAAAAACACCUAUCAUCGUAUUAGUGGAGACAUCAAUGAAGGGGAUCUGAGUGAGCUGCCAGAGCUCCACGCACUGACAGCAGGGCUGAAGGCAUUCACUUCCUGGACUGCCAACGCUGGUAUUGAGGAGUGUCGGAUGGCAUGUGGUGGGCAUGGCUACUCUCGCUGCAGUGGCAUUCCUGACAUCUAUGUCACAUUCACCCCAUCCUGCACCUAUGAGGGAGAAAAUACAGUCAUGAUGCUGCAGACAGCAAGGUUCCUUGUCAAAAGCUACACCCAAGUUACUUCUGGGCAGCAGGUUACCGGUAUGGUGUCCUACCUUAACGAUCUCUCCAGGCAACGCAUUCAGCCACAGCACGUGGCUGCCAGGGCUGUGACUGUGCGGCUCAACGAUCCUGUCAGCUUGGUAGAGGCCUACAAAGCACGUGCUGCCCGGCUUGUGGAAGCUGCAGCAAAGAAUUUGCAAGCUGAAUUGAACCACAGAAGGAGCAAGGAGGAUGCCUGGAACAGAACCUCUGUUGAUCUUGUGAGAGCGUCUGAGGCACACUGUCACUAUGUGGUAGUGAAGCUUUUCACAGCAAAGCUGUCUGAGGUCAGUAAUGCAGCUGUCCGUGCUGUCCUGACUGAGCUGUGUCUCCUCUAUGCGCUGUAUGGCAUCAGUAAGAACACAGGGGAUUUCUUGCAGGCAGGUAUUCUGACUGAUGCCCAAAUUACUCAAGUGAACCAACAUGUGAAGGAGCUCUUGGCUACAAUUCGUCCCAACGCGGUGGCGCUGGUAGACUCCUUUGACUUUCAUGAUGUUCAUCUUGGAUCUGUGCUUGGCCGGUAUGAUGGCAAUGUCUACGAGAACAUGUUUGAGUGGGCAAAGAAAUCCCCACUGAACAAAACAGAGGUUCAUGAGUCUUUCCACAAACACCUGAAGCCGAUGCAAGCCAAGCUGUGAAGCCUGCUGGUUUGGGUUUUUUUUUUAAAUGCACGCUUCUUCUGACCUGAAAACUGGGUGUUUUCAUCCUUUUUUUCAGGCACCUAAAUCAAACCUUUCAAAUCCUGGUAGCUGUAGGACAGUGACUAAUUGUAGCAUUUCUUUCCACUUUUAUAAAUCGAGGAGGUGUUUGAGGAGAGUGCAUAGGGAUUGAUGCCUGUUUUUAAAGUGCAAUUAUAAUGGUAAAAUUAACCUUUUAAAAAUCUGGGAAAGCUUUAUGGAUUCAUACAAGGAUUGCUUUUGUGAAGCUGCUAACUAGAGAGAAGUUACUGUCGACUGGAAAGGUAGCAGGAUUUUUUUAUUUUACUAAAUAGUUAACAGCCCUCAGGUAAUAGCUUCUAAUGAGCAGUUAUGUCCACCCCCAAGAAGCAUCAAUGUCAUGAUUUUUUUUUUUUUUUAAGAUUAGCACCACCUCUCUCCUUGUUUGGCAAAUAGUUAAUGCUAUCUAAAGCCUCCUGCAUAGCUUUGUGCACAUGAGUCUGCAUGUGGCACUACUUCCCUGAUGUAGCUGGGAAAUAAAUACCCGUCCUUCUCUGGAGCUCUGCUUCAUUCAUCUUUCCAGAAGAUAUCUUCAUGUUUUCCAGUACCACCUCCUCCUUCCACUGCCCUGCAGAAACUCCUUUUGCCUGUGUGCCAUCUCUAGCACUGGCACCUUACUCUUUUUGUUAAUGCUGCUCUGAGGAAAAAAACAAGUAGAACUAAUCAGCUACAUGCUGAUAAUAGAUGUUCUGCCAUUCUUUUAACAGUUAGUAUUUUUGUAGCACUAUCUCAAAGCACUUUACAAACUUUAAUUAUGGUGAUUUGAUGUGAAAAACCACAUGUAGUGGUAGAAACUGCAAAUUUGACCUGGAAUGAUGAAGCCAGUAUUUGACAGCAGAAAUCAGUUGACCAAGGUCCUUGGUCUUCAGAUUGUUCUAGGAUGUUCCUCUGUUUUUUAAAGGCAUUCUUCAAGCAGAUGACAAUCCCAAGUGACAUGACCAGAUUUUUUUCCUAUCCAUGCAUUUCCAAGGAGCUUUCUCCAAUUUGCUUAGUUUUGUUUUUAUAUUGACUUGGGACUUGCACAUUGCUGUCUGGAUUUAACAGGUGGAAGAUUUAGCUUGUAACAGAACCUCCUGAUGCCCAGUGAAAUGAGUGCAACUACAACUAGGCAAAAUCAUUGCUGUUUUUCAAAACCAGUAACUGUCCAGUAACAAUAAAACCUCUCUUCACAA